GCGAUCUCCGCGAAGUGCUAGCGAAGUGCCCGAAUGGAGUUGGAGCGGGCCCCUCUGGCACUUGUUUUGAGCACUUGAAGGACCCGGCCCACAGCAGCGAGCGAGUCCUACUGCUCCUCACAAAGGUCAUCGGCCAGCUACUUAACAGUUCACAGACAAGGGAGAUAUGCGACGUGCUCCUCCCGUCACGGCUGAUAGCACUCGAGAAGCCAGGGGGGGGCGUUCGACCCAUCGCUAUAGGCGAGGCCUUGCUUAGAGUCGCGGCGAAGGCGGCGCUACGCGAGUUAGCCCCAGCGAUCCGUGAAUUCUUCCUACCGGUCCAGUAUGGCGUGUCAGUGCCUGGUGGCGCCGAAUGUGUCAUUCAUUCCGUACGGGCCCUGCUCCGAGAACAUGACAACUAUGUAGCGCUCCAGCUGGACGUAGGAAACGCGUUUAAUUCGGUUGAGCGGGAGGCGUUCUUCACGGCGCUAGAAAUCUCGGACUUGCACCAGCUGCUGCCGUUCGUAGGGCUGCUGUACGACUCGCCAUCGCGCCUUCUAGUUGACCCGGCCCUAGGAGUUGAGCACAUCUUGAGCUCCCGCGGCGUGCGUCAGGGCGAUCCCCUCGGCCCUCUCCUUUUUGCAGCAGCGAUUCAAUCGACCCUAACGUGCGUGGCAUCUUCUCAUCCAGGGGCGGCAGUCAUAGCGUACGCUGACGACAUCACAGUGGUAGGGCCGCGGGAGGAGGUGUUCAAGGCCUUCGAUGCCAUCGUCGAAGAGCUGGCAAAGCGCGGGCUACGGUGCAACGUGGCAAAGUCGUCGGCAUGGGGACCGCGAGAGGGAAACGAGGGGCAGCUGGGACUGCCACAGGGAUUACGGAUGAGCACCGGGGGGAUCAAGGUGCGUCAGGAGGGAGCGGAGGAGAAUGGCAACGAGGAGGAGGGAAUCGAGCGACAGGGGAGGGGUCGAGUGGAAUCAGAGGAUGUAGCCGCUGAGGAGGAUCACCAGGGGAACUUGCAGACGGGGUGGGCGGCACACCGGCAGGAUGCACAAGAGGUGCCCCAACCGCAGCGGCCUGCGGCGGGGGAGCCGGAGGAGGUGGCGCACGCGCUGCCGGAGGAGACUGAGCCAACGGUGGGGCGGGAGGAGGUGGAGGAGCCAAUGGCGUCGACGGCGCCGACUCAGCAGGCACGGACGAUAGCUGCUGGGACGACUGGAGAGAUGCUGACGGACAACGCCGCGGCGUCGGCACCAAGAGGCGGUGACUGCGCGUCGGACACAGGGGCCCGACAAUCUCUCGCUGGACACCGGGAGGGUGUCGAGGCGGACGGCGACGUCGGAAGGAGCCGCCACGAGCCCGGAGAUGUGGAUGGGUCCGCCCGCGGGGAGAGCGAUAAACUGGCUCGUGACGACGGGGGGAGGAGCCGGCCUCCUCGUGCGCGACCAGGGCAACGCCGGCUCGGAGCAGGGCUGGCGCCAGCUCGCCCCGGGCCUGUGAGUGGCUGGGAGCAGCAGGAGAACCAACCGAGCGGUCCGACCGAGAGGAGGAUCGACGCUUGCCAGUCAUCGCCACGGGGCCUGCAGGCACAGGGAGAUCCGGAAAUUGGCGGGAACGUCAUGGGAGGCCAGAGGAGGAGAAUGGAGAACCAAUGA